AUCAUGAGCCCCUACACCCGCCUCUCCCAGGAUGAGGCGUCUUCCUCCGCGCAGGGCGAAUCCCCCUCCUCACCCGCUCGAUUGGCCAAGCUGCGCAUCUACUGGUUGACAGCUGUUAUUUGCUGCGGUGGCAUUCUUUUUGGAUAUGACUCCGGAGUAAUUGGAGGUGUCCUCAUCUUCGACUCCUUUCUUCGCGACUUCAAGUACACCGCCGACGAACAAACCCGCGUCAGUUCCAUCGCCGUCGGGAUCCAGCAGGCUGGAGCUCUGGUGGGCUGCUUGGCAAUAUGGCCUCUAACCAAUCGUCUCGGACGUCGUUGCGCCAUGAUGAUCUGCUCCGCGAUAUUCUGCGCGGGCGUCGUCUUUGAAGUGCUCAAUUCUCACGCUCUUUCCGUCUUCUACUUCGGCCGCGUCAUCUGCGGCCUGGGCAUUGGGGGCUCUGCCACCGUCAUCCCCAUCUACCUGUCGGAAAUGAGUCCCAAAGACAUGCGCGCCCGCCUGGGCAGCUGUUACCAAUUCACCUUCACCGUCGGCAUCUUGAUCUCCUACUGGAUCGACUACGGCGUGCAGUUCAGCGCCCCGACGGCAGCCCAAUGGCAGGUCCCACUGGCGCUGCAGCUGGUCCCCGGAGCGCUCAUGGGUCUAGGCAUGUUGACGCUAGAUGAAAGUGUGCGCUGGCUCCUCGCGCACGACGACCCCCGCCGUGCCUGGUCUAGCCUCGUCUGGAUCCGCGCCUCGAACGGCCCUGACGUCGUCGCCGAAUUCGCCGAGAUGAAACAAAGCCUCGACGCCGACCGUCACGCCAUGGACGGAUUCCACCCCCGUGAGCUUCUCCAAUGGCGCAACACGCGUCGUCUCGCUCUGGGAAUCACCCUGUUCCUCGCGCAGCAGUCCACCGGCGCCACCGCCAUGGCCUACUUCGGCCCGCAGUUCUUCGCCCUCCUCGUCGGCCAGAACAACGCCUCGCUCACCCUCCUCCUUACCGGCAUCUUUGGCGCCCUCAAAGUCGCCAGCUGCUUCAUCUUCAUCGUUUGGAUCGCCGAGCGCUUCGGCCGUCGCCCCCUCCUCAUCCUCGGCGCCCUCGGCAUGUCCUUCUGCAUGCUCGCCACCGCAGCCGUCGUCAAAAACGACCACACCCAGCCCCUUCCUGCUUCUGCCUCCUCGUCCGCAAUCAAACCCACCGGCGUCGCCACCAUCGCCCUCAUCUACCUCGACAUCGUCUUCUACAACUUCUCCUGGGGCCCCCUGAUCUGGCCCUGCACGUCGGAACUCUUCAGCUCCCGCAUCCGCGAACCCGGCGUCGCCAUCGCCGUCGCCGCCCAGUGGCUCUCCAAUUUCGCCUGGUCCUUCUCCACUCCGUAUAUCCUUGCCGGUCUGGGCUGGGCCACCUUCUUGCUCUUCGGCCUGCUCGACCUGCUGUUCUCCGGGUUCGUGGGCGCCUGUCUCCCCGAGACGGCGGGGAAGAGUCUCGAAGAGAUCGAGGCCGUGCUGGACUCAGCGGGAAGCUUUGGCAGCAGCGCUGGUCAUCAGAGACUGGUGGUGGAAGAAGGGGAAGGAGAGGGAGAAGACGAGAGAGAAGAGGGAGAAUCUGCGCCGUUGAAUGGGAAAGGGUCGAGUUCGAGCUCGAGGGAUCGUGUGUGGGCGUAACCUGUUACUUCUUCCCUCUCUUUCGUUCUCACCUCGUCCUCUUCCCAUACCCACUCCCACCCUGGACUCAUUCUCAAACAAUCACUGUUGUUUAUCGUUGAAUAGAUUCGAUACUCAUGACGAGAGCUGGUCCUAUCAGGAGUAUCUACUAAUGGCUAUAGAAUAGAAGAUAUAGACGCUAGAAUACAAUACUAUAAAGAUACAUCAGGC